UUUCUUCACUCUUACCAGUUCUUACCUUAAAUCUAUGCUGCUGGUACAGGAUUGGAUUUAUUGAUUUCUCACCAUCCUGGUGCAUAUCAAUACCUAAGAAAUCAAAGGUCGACAAAUCCUCUCACCCUGUGACGGGGAAGCACGGCGAUCACCUUCACACCGUCAACUUCGAUGUAUUUCGCAUCUCUAUCUGGUUGUCCAUAAAAUCCCUACUCUGGGAUUUUCCUGUCGGUCAUUCGCUUCAUGGGCAAUGCGCUGGGGCUGCCCCGGGAAAUUUGGGAACAGUGCGCUUACUAUGCUCUCGCAACGGAAACCACUUUUCUUGGACCGCCGUCUGGCCUGACGUCGAUCUUGCUGACCUGUCGCCGCAUCAAUGAUGCCCUCUGUUUCAGUAACAACCCACGACUUUACGCUCGCCUUUUCUGUUUUAAAUUUGACAUUGAAGCACCACGACGACGUCUCCCGCCUCGAUGGCUGACUUCGCAAUGCUUGGCCGCCGAAUUCCACAAACGAAUCAUGACCUUGAAACGCAUCCGUCAUUGUGACGAGUAUUCCCUUCAAGACUUAUGGACAUGUUACUUAAUGAUGUCCGAAAAUGACGGCCGUAAUGAGCGCCAGCUCGAAUGGACCCGCAUCUCCGAAUAUCUUUUCCGAGCCGUCUUAACGCGGAUCCCGUCGGGCCCGAGCGGCCCUGGUAUGUGGUAUGAAGACCCUGAAGCGACUUCACUCAUAAUUUGGCUCUUUUGGAUGCUACUCCCACAAAAUCGUCCGUCUGCUGAAUCCAUCAGGCUGCGGGGCUUUUGGACACAAACGCUCCUGCAUAUUUUCAUCGCUGCAGGCUUCAGAUUUCCCUCGCUCUAUGCCCCCGACACUAUUCUCCAUUUGCCAAUUUCUCCCGAUGUCUAUCCUCUUCCCCCGAUAAUAUCUGGUCCUAAUCCGAGAAAAACGACUGUUGUACAUUACUGGCAUAACUUGACUGUUGCGGCGCCUGUGUUAACACCAGCAGCUUUGCUUUCAUGGACUGUAAGACAAGAAAUGUACCAACAAGCGCAUCCAUUGGACUAUAACAUACUAGGUCGAUUCCCUACCGACAGACAUACUGCUAAUGCCCUCGGUAUCAGGGGCCCAACCGCGGAAGAUCUCACGGAAUUUCAUCAGCUAAGAAUCUAUUCCCCAGGGCCGCUUCUUCUUCCCUCACAUGCGACCUUCGAUACAUAUGACCUAUUCUACUCCGAUGAUUGCCAUCAUGAAGAUGAAGAGGAACCCGAUCAAACUCGAGGUUCUAUGCGCUACGAACAAGAUUGGUAUCGCGAGGUUUCGUGUUACGACCCAUACGCCCUCCCAGGCGCCUUAAGGGGCCCAGUUUUCUCCCUCGGGUCCCUGACGGGAUCAUGGGCUGGACGUUGGGUGCUCACGAAUAUUGAAUCCCAUAUGGGCUUGUUGCGUGGCCCCUCCGACGUGGAUCCGCGGGCCUUGCCCCUACACAGCAAACCACUCUAUUGGAGUCUACAAGAACACCAUUGUUUCGAACCGACAGAACCCAUCGCUCCAGGUACAGACGAGUACAACGGUGACGAUAUUUUGAAUGCAUGGCUGCCAAGAGGUCACCUCCUGACACAUCUGGAUGGCGCGAUCGAAUUCUACGAUUCUGAGAACAACUGCAAGAUACGAUAUGACACGUUUAUUCCCAGGGGAUCUAGAGAAGCACCAUACCUCAAGCCUGCAUGUGAGAGACCCCACCCGCAGUGGAUCUUGAACGAGUGCGACGAGAUCGCCACCGAUGAGGUGCCUGGAUCCACAUCCCCUUCCGAAUACGAGACGCAGUCCAAUCGGCGGCAUGACGGCGAGGCGGUGGCGGGAAUAUAUGGCGCCACAGUACCAUCAGAUGAGUACGUUGAUACGGUUUCGUACCGUAGCAGCGGAGUAGCCGAUGUCCUGGUCACCGGCGAGACCGGUCAACGGCAUGGAGACGCUUGGGGUCAUUAUAGCAUAGUGGGGAGAGUAAGGCCCUGGGACGGGUUAGUCGUGCUGUUACAAAAGCCGGCUGAUCCUAGAAGUGACCUCGGGGAAUGGAUUUUCAAAGGAUAUAUUCACGAUCAGAAUUUCGUAGGUCGUUGGCGAGAAACGACGACCUCAGCCGAUACUGUAGGAUAUGAAGGGGGAUUCAUUGUGACAAAGACCGAAUGAUAAUGAAAGAUGGACUUCGUAUACGUACCUUGUGAUGACUGUUUCUACGCUGUGUCUACCGUUAUAUUAUGGCAUUCAAUAAAGUAGCUUAAUACAUCAAUUGGAG